UAGCUAUUGACAGAGUGGAAGAAACCAGAAUUCCUUGAAGGAAAUUCUUCCUGAAAGAGACUUUGAGACUGGGUACUCCAUGGAGAAUGAGCCUGGAAUUGUGUCGCCAUUUAAACGCGUAUUCCUAAAAGGUGAAAAAAGUAGAGAUAAGAAAGCCCAUGAGAAGGUGACAGAGAGGCGCCCUCUGCAUACUGUGGUGCUGUCAUUGCCUGACCGAGUCGAGCCAGACAUACUGCUGAACGACUAUAUUGAAAAGGAAGUAAAGUACUUAGGUCAGUUAACCUCCAUACCAGGAUAUCUGAAUCCCUCCAGUAGGACUGAAAUUCUGCAUUUUAUAGACAAUGCAAAGAGGGCUCACCAGCUCCCUGGACACCUCACCCAGGAGCAUGAUGCCGUGAUCAGCCUCUCUGCCUACAAUGUCAAGCUGGCAUGGAGAGAUGGAGAAGACAUCAUCCUCAGGGUCCCUAUCCAUGAUAUUGCUGCUGUCUCCUAUGUCCGGGAUGAUGCAGCUCACCUGGUGGUCCUGAAGACAGCCCAGGACCCCGGCAUCUCCCCCAGCCAGAGUCUGUGCGCAGAGAGCUCCCGUGGCCUGACGUCUGGCUCCCUGUCAGGCAGCGGUGUGGUGCCCAUUGAAGCAUGCUGCUUGGUCGUCCUGGCUACGGAGAGCAAAGGAGCUGCGGAAGAGCUGUGCUCACUGCUCAGCCAGGUCUUCCAGAUUGUUUACACGGAGUCCACCAUCGACUUUCUGGACAGAGCGAUAUUUGAUGGAGCCUCAACACCCACCCACCACCUUUCUUUGCAUAGCGAUGAUUCAUCCACCAAAGUGGACAUCAAAGAAGCCUACGAGACCGAGGCCAGCACUUUCUCAUUUCCUGAUCCCACGGAUACAGGUGGCCUCUCAUCCUUGUCCUUCUGCAUGCCACCAUCACCCCACCCCAAGACGGCCAGUGAGAGUGAGCUGAGUACCACAGCCACCGAGCUGCUGCAGGACUACAUGCUGACACUGCGCACCAAGCUGUCAUCCCAAGAGAUCCAGCAGUUUGCCAUGUUGCUGCAUGAGUACCGCAACGGAGCCUCCAUCCAUGAGUUCUGCAUCAAUCUGCGACAGCUCUAUGGGGACAGCCGCAAGUUCCUACUUCUGGGUCUGCGGCCCUUCAUCCCUGAGAAGGACAGCCAGCACUUCGAGAACUUCCUGGAGACAAUUGGGGUGAAGGAUGGCCGAGGUAUCAUCACAGAUAGCUUUGGCAGGUACCGGCGGGCCGCCAGCACUGCUUCCAGCUCCACCACCAAUGGGAACAGGGCCGCAGGCAGCUCCGAUGACCAGUCCUUACCCUCUGAAGGGGAUGAGUGGGACCGCAUGAUCUCAGACAUCAGCAACGACAUCGAGGCACUGGGCUGUAGCAUGGACCAGGACUCUGCAUGA